UGAUUGGUCGCUUCUGUGACGUCAUUCGUGUGCGUCUUCCGCAAUUUUGCCUCGUUUAUUUGACUCUUUACGAAGCUACAGCCUGUUAGUGAUUUCUGAUGAUGACAGACCAGAAAGCAGAGAAUAUCAGCUCGAUACCAAUCGACGGAUACAGCAAUUUAAGGAUAACGUCGAUAUGGACGUUUCUUAUGUCUGUGCAGUGGUCAGAAACUUGGCUUAUGGGGCUCUUGACAUUUCACGGUGUGUGUUUGCUCCUGACUGCAGUGACCUGCAGGUAUUACAGAGCUCAGAUCUGCCACUUCAUGCUCAUAGUUGGGCUGGUUUAUAGUGCUGAAUACCUUAAUGAGUUGGCCGCCAUGAACUGGAGGUCCUUUUCUAAUUUCCAGUAUUUUGACUCCAAAGGCAUGUUCAUAUCACUGGUCUUCUCCAUUCCUCUUCUGCUCAAUGCAGUCAUUAUUGUGAUGGUGUGGGUGUACAGGACCUUUGCCACUAUGACUGAACUGAAGACACUUCAACUGAAGAGAAAAGCUCGCAGAGAAAAAAGAGAAUAGAGUGACUGAUCCUUCACCUUAUGCCCGUACAUGGGCUUGGCUCAGAGGAAUUUAGAACCUCUCCCCUACUAAUCCUGAAUUUUGGAGGAGCAAAGCAAAUUCCUUCUUGUGACUUUAAAAGGAUUGUUUGUUGAUGCUGUUAAUGUUCUAAUGGAUAUCUUUUCUUGUUGGGGAUUUUGGAAGAUGCUGCUGUGCAUCAUGGGAGUUUGUGAAGACCAAAGCACACUUUCUGUUUUCUAUUAAGUUACUUUAAACUAUGCAGGAUAAAGAACUUUUUUUUAAAAACAACUUUUAUGCUGCUAUUGACUCCAAGACCAUGCAUUUGUGUGUGAAACUAAAAGUACAGCACGUAAAAAUGCGAAGAGAUUAACUUUUUCAAUGUUUCCAGAAAAUUAUAGAGGAAGCCCUGCAAUCUCAAAGGCUAAGAAGUGUCUGUUUCCAACACAACGGCUGUGGACGAGCCUCCACACAAAUCUGUUGCUAGGCUGUUGUGUAUCAAUAUUCAGAACAUAUUACCUAAUUCUUUUAUGCUAAGUAUAUGUCACAUUCAUUUUCAACUCUGGAUCUCAAAGGAAAACUGCAGACAUACAGUGGGAGAAUGAAUUAUGUAGUCCCCUGUUAGUUUUAAAUGUCCCCAUGGUGAAGAAACCGUCUCUAGUUUUGAGUAGAAUCUACAUCCGCUAAGGAGGACGCUGAAGUUGAGUUAUGAAUGAUUCUUACACCGUGACUCAAAACAUAAAUAUGGAUUUAAGCAGGGGCUAAAGAAGAGGAACUUUACUGUCAUGAAGUCGGCCUGCUGACCUUCAGACCUCAAUUCUUCAGACAAUCUUUCUAGUGGGCUGAAACUUUGAGAUUUCGAGGACCUUAAAGAGUGGGCGAAAAUCCCUGUUGCUCUCAGAAAUAUGCAAAUUCAGCACCUAGUUAACUAACAAGUGUUUCCCUAGCAAGUAUUGAGCUAUGUUUUACUUUAUUUAAUUGAACAGUUUUCAUGCAAUUUAUGUCUCUCUAUUAAGUUGAAGUGGCCAUUAAAAUAGUGAUUUUUCAUGUAUUUAUAAUUGAGCAAACUUUAAAAAAAAAACAGGGGGAUGAAAUUGGUAUUCUUCCAAAUGUAACAUUGUAUUUACACCGGGUGGAGUUGAAAAAACUACUCUCUCCUCAUCAUCUCUCCUCAAGGCACAUAUCAAUCUGUUUGGUAGCUGUUUGGUUGGAGCAGGAAUCUGACAUCUAAAGUGUGUUAUGGUAGGUUAUGAUCUUGACUUGUGGAAAUAUAGCACUUGCCAGAUUUGCAGUACAAAAUGGAAACUGGCAACAGUGCGGAAAAAAAUAUUUUUUAAAAACUUGUUUCUUUGCAGUGUUUGUAUCAUUUUCCAUUCAGAAAAAUGCUU